AUGCCAGAAUCGACAGGACCAAGCCUCGAGGCCGAGCCUUCCAGGGCGAUCAACAACGGAGCGAGGAUGCGGGCGGUGGAGAUGUUGAUGCAGCGCGCAUCAGACACCGGCCGCGAAUUUCUCUUACGGCCCCCAAAAAGGAUGGAGACUCUUUCGUCCGUCUCCCCUCACUUACCGCGCAAGGUACGGCCAUUUUGGCGGAAAGCGCGACACAUUCUGCGAGUAUCUUGCUCUGCUUCAGUCCCCGGCCGUGGCUCAUGCUUCGCGACCCACGGCGUCUGGCGUUGCGUUGGACGAGAGUCACAAGACGGUGAGGACGAAAAGGAUAGGCGACACUAUUUGUACCGAGUACCCAUAGCGGGCAGCGAUCUAGAGCCUGGGCCGGAUGAUGCGCGCUCUCACCCGUUACCUCAUGCUUAUGCGGCAUCUUUCGAGCCGCAAAACACGUGGAAAGGAUGGACGGAUUCUGAUAAUCAGAGCCUGAGGAUGUGUUCAUUGUCUAUCGGCGUCCAGGUGGUGGACGGAUGCCGCGCGAUUCGAUUCAAUGCGUCCAUCGGGCGCGACGCCGCGAAGCCAACAAUAGAGAGCGAAAGGUACUCUGGCACUUGCCGGUCUCCCUUUUGGCCUCCCGCUUGCUGGGAUAGGCCUCCCUUUUGUCGUGUUUGGUCUCUCCUCGGCCGCUGCAUGUUUCUGCUCCCCCACCUUUCCCUCAAUGGCCACUGGGCACAAGAAAGCAGUCCAGCAUCAACAGGGCAAGGAACUGCAGCAACGAGCAGGGCCAUGAUCCAUGGCGGGUGCGAUGGUGCACCUCCUAUCAGCAGCCCCGAUGGACCAACGGCGGCGCGCGGCGUUGCGGCGGUGUGUAGUCAUUCUGGUGUGGGAGAGCGGAGAGGGAACGAGACUGGUCUGGCUGGUUUGGCUGGUCUGGAUCUGGAUUGGGAGAUACGGAUGCAUGAGGUGAGGCGCAGGACGCAGGAACCGGUCAACAACGCAUACUCGCAUGCACGCACAAGGUGCACAAUUAUCAGGGUGAAGACGCCCACGCAGAGCGGAGUACGAAUAGAAGCAAGAUGGGCGAGCAGUCUACGAGAGACGGGAAGGAUGGAGGAGGCUAAGAGCAGCUAUGCAGGAGAAGGAGAGGAAGAGACAAAGUGGAAGCGAGAGAGAAGCUUGGGACAGGUUCCGUUCAUCGGCGGCAGCCACUGGCCGCUGGUUGCUGGUGGUGUCGCCCAUACGUCCAGCCCCGGUCCUCGUCUUCGUCCCCCGCCAACGUCCGUCGUCCAGACUUCAAGUGUCCACAUCCACGUCCAGUCCGCCGCGUCCACCGGUCUGGUUCCACACCCAUUCGUGGACACUGAACACUGCACCUGCCGUCGAGGAGAGAACGGGACGUGGUCGGGAAAGAGCAAGAGCAAGAGCUGCCCCAAACCCUACUUACCAAAAAGGGGCGGAGGAAAGAGGCUACAGGAGCACUUUACCACAAGGAAGUAUCAGACGGGACUCAACCUCAGUCUCUUCGCUUCCGUACGGAAGAAGGUACAUACUGCUCCCAUCCAUCCAUCCCCAUCCUAUGCCCUUGCCCAUGACCAUCCCGCAGACCGCACACACCACUGGCUGCUGAGCCGCCGCUGCACACCUCACGUCCCACGUCCCACGUCCGGUCUUUCCUCCCCCCUGUCAUCCAAAGCUCCACCUUUCCACACCUCACCCCAACUCGACUCGCCUCACACCCUCGUCCCACGCCCGCCCGCAACCCACACGCCUCACUCCUCUCCCGACCCUGGGGCAGUCCAUCCAGACCAGACCUCUUCCCAGCGAGUGAGCAGCAAAAAGGGAACUCCUGGAACUAAGGCGAGUCCAUGGGGAAAGGAACAGGGUGGAUUGGCGCCGGUUCCUUCCAUCUUUUGCCUCACAGCUCACUCUAUACCUUCCCUUAGCUUUCACAGCACCAUACCUAUUACCAUCCAGUUACACCUAGUACCGCAUCUGCGCGUUUCCGUGAAUCAAACGAUCCUCGACAUCCCGAUCACCUGCUGGACGCGACUAAUACCGAGACUCCCUCACCUCGAGAACAUCCGCCCACCCUGA